GCAGUUGACAACUUGUCAAAUUUAUCAAUAAUACUUGUUUUAUGUAAAAUACAAAAAAACAAAUGUCAUAGUUGUCAUUAUUAUUCAUCGUUGUGAUAAAAAAAAACAAUUUUAAUUUUUGAUAUAAAAAAUUGUGUGUUAGAGUGUGUAAUAAUUUUUUGAAUGAAUGUUAUUAUUUUUUUUUUUAUUUAUCAAUAUGUAUUCGACCUUUGGCCCACUGUAUGGUUAAAAAAAUAAACUGAUAAUUAUACUGUUUUUUUUUUGUUUAAUUAAACUUGAUAGUUUAAUUGAUGAAAAAUUAAUUUACAACGUUGAAAAUUAAUUGUCAUUGUGUUUUAUUAUUACAUACAAAAUAUUGUAAAUAUAUAUUGAUUAAAAAUGAAUCAACAACGACCAACUACAUCAAAUUUUCGUGUAACAACACCUGGUGGAAUGUCAAAUGGUCCAACACGUUAUGGCAAUCAAAUGUCAUUACCACCACCAAUACCACCAAGAAGACAAGUUAAUAAUUAUGGAACUCAUUUUAAUAUGACACCAAGUUAUUUAGGUGGUUAUAAUAAUAAUUAUGGAUAUAAUUCAUUUCCUCUUAGAUCUACAUCAUAUAAUAAUUAUGGUAAUUUUAAUGGACCAAGUGGUGAUGUUGAAAGUAGAUUAAUACAAUAUGCUGAAGAAACAAGUAGACCAGCAUUUGAAUCAAUUGAAUCAAUUGUAACAACAUUUUCAUCAAUAACAAUGAUGCUUGAAUCAACAUUAUUUGCAAUGUCAAGUUCAUUUCGUGCAAUAUUAGCUGUUGCUGAUAAUAUUGGAAAAGUUAGAAAUAUGUUUGGACAAAUAUUAAAUACAUUUAUACUUAUUAAAUAUGCUAAAAAAUUAUAUAAAUAUAUUUUAUUUAAACUUGGUUUACGUGAAGAUGAUCCAGAUACUGAUUUAGCAUGGAAAAAAGCAUUUUUAGAUUCAGUUAAUGAUAAAAAAUUACCAACAACAACAACAUGGCCAAUUUUUAUAUUUUUAAGUCUUAUAUUUGUCAUUCCAUAUUUAAUACAUAAAAUUAUGAAAAAUAUAAAUACAAAUGAUUUUAAAGAAAAAACAUUACAAGAUUGGCUACAAAUAAAUGAGCCAGUAUAUUCAGCAACAGUUAUGUAUGAUUUUCAAGCAGCAACAUCAAAUGAAUUGACAAUUAAAUGUGGACAAAAAAUUUGGCUUGCACCAGAAUCAUUACAGCCAAAAAAUAAUCCUGGAUGGUGUAAAGCAUCAAAUGGUACUAACAUUGGAUUAGUACCAUCAAAUUACAUUCAAAUUGUUGGUGAAAUGAAGAAAAAAAAUAAGCUUAAUAAUGAAAAUAAAAAUGAUGAUGAUCUUAAUACAACAAUGGAAGAAACUUUUAAUAAUAAUGAUAAAAAAAUUAAUGAUCCAACAAAUCAUGAAGUUAUUUAAUUUAUUGAAUGAAUAAAACAAUAAAUUUUUGAUGAUCCUGAUCAUGACUCAUAAAUACCAAAUGGUUACUAAUGAAUUUUUAUAUUUUUAAAUGGUACUGAGGCUUGUAAAUAUUCCUUAAUUUUUUUUUUAUACUUUGUGUUAAUCAAUUUUAUGUAUUUAUCAUUGGGAAUAAUAUAUUAAUUUAAUAAAAUAAUAAAAUAUAUGAAUAUGAUAAUUUUUAUGACUCGGAGUAAUUUUUAAAAAUUAAUUUUAAUAGUAAGAUUUAUGUUUGACAUCAGGGAAAUUAAUUUGUAUGCUGUCAUGAAGACCAUGUGCUCUAAAAAUUGAUUAAAUUUUUAAACAACAAAGUUUAUCAAACGAAGAUAAUUGUAAUGUUUUUAUGACACUUUAUUAAGUGUCAAUGAUUGAAAAAAUAAUUAAACAAGGAUUAAUCAUGUUUAGGGGUUUUAAAUAAUAAUGACAAUUUAGUCUUUUUUCAUAAUUUUUGUAAUAUGACAUUAACUGCAAAACAAUCUACUAAGUUUUUUUUAUUAUUUAUUAUUUUUUGUCGUUAAUAAUGACAAUGAGUUUAAACUGUCUUGUUGGUAUUUUGGUAACAAUUUCCGAAAUAUUUAUCAAAGAGAAUACAACUCAAAAAAAAAAACGUCAAUUUGUUAUUGUUUUUUUUUUUUUGUUUUAUUUUUUUUUUUUUAAUCAUUACUCUCUCUUUUUAUAACUUUUCUUAACGAUAUUUGAGAAAUUUUGUUUUUUUUUUUUUGUUGUUUAUUUAUUUUACUGUAACAUUGACUGUGUAUUUUUUUUUUAUACAAUUGGUGGUUUUCUUUCAAGUUGGAACCAGUGUCCACAAUCACAACGUUUUGG